AUGAACUCUGAGAAUGCAAGCACCUCCAGUUCCGACAAAUUACUGUCUAUCAGACAAGUGGAAGGAAUGAUUGCCGAUGGACAUUCAAUCAUUAUACUAGGCCACAAAGUCCUUAAUCUCGAUGCGUGGAUCAAGUAUCACCCCGGAGGCAAUAUGUCAAUCCAGCAUAUGAUUGGAAAGGAUGCCACCAGCGAAGUCACCGUUGUUCAGGGACACUGGGAGGACUUCGUUCCCCCUAUCCAAGGAGGCCAAUUUCGACAUCACGCUGAAUUAGAUGCCAAGGAAUGGAAUAACAAAGGCGCCGGCCCUGUGUCACCAUGCAUCCCAGCCGAGAUGGAGGUCAAGCGCCAAGCCCACGUAAAUCCCAUAUUGCAACCAAUCCCAGAUUCGAGCAGCCAGAAUGAACUCGCCUUUCUCGACAGUCUGUCAAAGGAAGAAAUUGUACUUAAUACCAGCAAGUACCCUGCACUAGAUACGGACACCCAGCAUGAGAUUACCAAGAAAUAUCGCCGUCUCCACAACCAAAUUUGGGCCGAGGGAUUGUACAACUGCAACUAUACCGCUUAUGCCUGGGAGUUUUUCCGUUGCUCAUUGCUGUUUGGUCUUACGCUAUUUUUCCUUCACGCUGGGUGGUACUGCAUGAGUGCCAUGUGGCUUGGCUGGUUCUGGUCGCAGCUGGUUUUCGUUGCCCACGAUGCCGGUCAUAUGGGUAUCUCACACAGCUUCACAAUUGAUAGCAUGAUUGGCAUGAUUAUCGCUGCCCCGAUUGGGGGGCUUUCGCUUGGUUGGUGGAAGCAUACGCACAAUGUACACCACAUUGUGACCAAUGCCCCGGAACACGACCCUGAUAACCAACACCUGCCUUUUUUUGCGGUGAAUCACCGAUUUCUUAGCAAUCUGUUUUCGACUUAUCAUGGUCGAUUUAUGUCUUAUGAUGCCCUGAGCAAGCUUUUGGUCCCCUACCAGGCCUUUCUCUACUACCCGGUGUUGAUGUUCGGCCGUUUCAACCUGUAUGUUCAGUCAUGGAUUUUUCUUAUCCAGGGCCAAGGGCCCCAGAAGGGUGCUGCAUGGUGGCAUCGGUGGUUUGAACUCGCGGGCAAUUUGUUUUUCUGGUACUGGUUUGGUUAUUUUGUCGUCUGCAAAUCUAUUCCCUCGGGCUGGGACCGAUUCGCCUUGGUUAUGGUCAGCCACAUGGUUACCAUGCCGCUGCAUGUGCAGUUCACCUUAUCUCACUUCGCCAUGUCUACCGCUGAUCUUGGCCCCACUGAAUCAUUUCCUCAAAAGAUGCUGCGCACUACCAUGGACAUUGACUGUCCUGAAUGGCUCGACUUUUUCCACGGAGGUCUUCAAUUCCAGGCCAUUCACCAUUUGUUCCCGAGGAUCCCGCGACAUAAUUUACGGAGAACCCAAAAGCCGGUGCUACAAUUCUGCAAAGACGUCGGUAUUCCUUAUGCGCUGUAUGGAUUUGUAGGUGGCAAUAAAAAGGUCCUAGGAAGCUUAGCCGAGGUGAGCCGGCAGGCGGCUAUUCUAGCCGAUUGCCAACGAACUAUCUCCCAAAGGGGCGAUCUUAUCUACGGCCACUGA